AUGCUCCUUAGUGCACAAGUUCUGUUCAAACUCAUCAUGGGUCUUGCAAAAGUGUCGAUAUUGGCUCUGUAUUUAAGAGUCUUCGCCGCUAGCAAGUACUUCCGAUGGGCUUGCAUCAGCCUUAUUAUCGUCACCAGCGUGACAUCCGUCGCAUUCAUCUUUCCAACUCUCUUCCAGUGUCUCCCGCUACAGGCAUUCUGGGAUCGCAGUAUCCCGCAUCAAUGCAUGAAUGACCUAGGCGUGUGGUUAUCGCAUGCUCUGAUUAACCUUGUAAUCGACAUUCUUAUUUUGGCCUUGCCUGUAUACCAUGUCUCCCGACUCAGGCUGCAGCUCCGCGACAAACUGGCAUUGAUCUUUGUCUUCGUCCUCGGUGGAUUUGUCUGUUUGAUAAGUAUAAUCCGCUCUACGACAUUCCCACAAUCUGCGCAACCAAUCGAUGAUACAUGUAUUCAACCCCUAAAAAAAUCCUCCAUGCCAUAUAAGGCGCUGUUUGCCAUGACUGUGAAAUAUACUGAUUCAAGCAGUGGACCAUUUUCUUUUCAACGCAAUGUGGGCGACCGUUGA